UAGGACAUUAGGUCUACUGUGCUGUUGAUAUUUUUGCAGAUCACAAAAACAAAAAAACAAAAAAAACAAAAUCACCCAUACUGAAAGCCUUCUGUCAGCUCAGGUUAUGGAUGUGGUCGUACAUUUUUACAAAUAUCUAGAAAAACACAUACCCAAUUGUGAUACAAUUUGGAAUUAACAUCAACUAGCAUAAGUUAUUGAGAGUACUGGAUUUUGGGGAUACAUGGAGUUGUCUGUCCGUGCAUUUGUUCAUUUGCAUGUGCACCUACAUCUGUGCAUCUAUAGAUAGUUCCUGUAAAACCUCUUGUUACAUUGCUAUGCUGCAGUCCUGUUGGGGCAGCUCAGAGUGAGCUGUUCAAGCACUGAUAAGUAUUAGUUGCUGAGAAGAGCUGCCUGUUAACACAAGAGGCAAGCGCUGCAGCUAGCGACCGUGUAUCUAGAAAACAACAUGUCCCCUUUGACAAGUCUGAAAACAUCAGCUUGUUGUGUUUAUUUUAUGUCUCCUCACAGUAAGCCUGCGCAGGCCCGUUUCACUUCACCUUUUUGUGUCAGGUGAUUCCUGUCCUCAGUGAAUCAAACAUUCUACAAUCUUUUCACUACUAAUACAGCUAAGCCAUUUUUUUUUAAAUACCUCGGCUGAAACACAGUUUUUUCAGUUAACAUUUCAGAUCCACGGGCUAGAUAUUCCACUUUCCUUUAGUAAAUUCUCGGUUGAAGUUAAAUAUCCCAGUUUAAGGGAUAUUCAAUGUGAAAAUAAUUUUAAUUUAAAAGGAAAAUUAGAAAUAUGGACACUGUUUUGAUUAUACUGUGAUUAUUCAGAUGUAAUUUAAUAUAAUGCAUAUGAUUCAAUCCCCAAAAGACAAUUAUCUACUGUGUACAUCACUUUCUUUCAUUUGAUUUGAAAAGGUCGAUAUGAAUCUGAACAGUUUGGCCUGCACUGCCUUGGGUUACUGCGCCUUUAAAUUGAGCUGGAGCAACAAUUAAACUCACUGCCGCAGGUAAUCCAAGGAUUUACGUCAUCGGUGUCAGGUUCAGUUUUAACAAAGUCGUGUUCAAAUGAAAAACAUUACAUCAUCCGCCCCUAGAAAAGAUAUUAAGUUGACAAUGUCGUCUUCUAAGUAACUUCCCGUGAUUGUUUGGCGACUGCUGUAUUUCAUUUAGCGACGAAGAGGAGUCACAUGAGAAGCAGCUGCCUGAAGAUGGCGGAGCGGGGAACAGCAUCCCCAGGAAGCGUUCAAGUUUCUGAAUGUUUAGAGUUAGACGACACAACGGACAGAGACAGACCCCCACAGAAAGAAAAUAACGGAUACUUUUCUCGCGGUCGCUUGUCUCCUACUUCGGUCAUCUAUUUUAAUAAAACAUCAUCUUCAGAGAAAGUGACUGUUGACUCUGGAAGAAGUGUCCAAUUUCGUAGCGAAGACUUGCCACUUCCCGCUUUACAGCAAUAUGCCAUUUCAAAAACCAAGAAUAAAAACCCCAAGGAUCCAAUUGCAAUCGAAAGGCUGAACCUCAUGAAUAUGGCUAAGCUGAGCAUAAAGGGACUGAUCGAGUCUGCACUGAAUCUGGGGCGGACACUGGACUCUGACUAUGCGCCCCUUCAACAGUUCUUUGUUGUGAUGGAACACUGUCUUAAACAUGGGUUAAAAACCAAGAAAACAUUCCUUGGACAGAGUAAGUCGUUUUGGGGACCUUUGGAGUUGGUGGAAAAAUUAACGCCUGAAGCAGGAGAAAUAACAGCCAGUGUAAAGGACCUGCCUGGACUGAAAACCCCGAUCGGCAGAGGAAGAGCCUGGCUUCGUCUGGCAUUGAUGCAGAAGAAACUCUCUGAUUAUAUGAAGACUUUGAUUAACAGAAAGGAUCUUCUUAGUGAGUUCUAUGAACCAAAUGCCUUGAUGAUGGAGGAGGAAGGAGCUGUGAUUGCUGGACUGUUGGUCGGGCUCAAUGUUAUUGAUGCAAAUCUCUGUAUGAAAGGAGAAGAUCUAGAUUCGCAGGUUGGGGUUAUAGAUUUCUCUAUGUAUUUGAAGGAUGGAGGUCACAGCAGCAAAAGCACUGAAGGGGAUGGACAAAUUACAGCGAUUCUGGACCAGAAGAACUAUGUUGAAGAACUCAACAGACAUCUAAGUGCUUCAGUGAACAACCUUCAGGCGAAGGUUGAUGCUUUAGAAAAAUCAAACACGAAACUAACAGAAGAGCUUGCAGUUGCCAACAACAGGAUCAUAACAAUGCAGGAAGACGUAGAGCGAGUAAAAGAAGAGAGCUGUUAUCUUUUGGAGUCAAACCCCAAGGUGUCAAAAGCUGAUGGGAGUGCAGAUGAACAUGUACUUGGUGACGCACGAAAACAGCUCAAGGAAGAAACUCAGCUCCGUCUGGAUGUAGAGAAGGAGCUGGAAGUGCAGAUUGGCAUGAAACAGGAGAUGGAGCUCUCCAUGAAGAUGCUGGAGAAAGACAUCUGUGAAAAGCAGGAUGCAUUGGUGGCACUCCGACAGCAGCUGGAUGACCUCAGGUCACUCAAUCAUGAGUUUUCACUCAAGUCACAGACCUCUGAUUCUGCACUAAAACAGAAGAGUGAAAUUAUCAGCCGCUUAGAAGACAAAGCAAGUCAGUUGACAGCAACCAUUAAACAACUGGAAUUAAGAUUACGGAAAGCAGAGGAUCAGUGUCAGUCAGCUGAAGAGGCCAACAGACUGUUCAAGCAGGAGUUCGGAGACAAGAUUGAGAGCCUGCAGCUGGAGCUGGAGCAGACGAGAAAGCAGCGAUUCCAUUUGGAGAUGGAAUUGAGAAAGGAAAGAGAGCGGAGGACCAUUCAUCACAACAAUAAUUCAUCAGGAGAUAAAAGCCCUUCCUCACAGAUAAAAACUUACAAACAGCAUAUGGCCGAGAUAGAAAAGGAGCUUCAGCGAGUUAAAGAUGAAAAUGUUAAGCUAAAAACUGUUUUAGAUGACAGUCUCAACUCAAGCAAGUCACUAUCACAAACUGAAGAUGAGCAGAUUUCACCCUUCAUUGAGCCAUCGAUCUGCAAGCUGUGUGAGGAGGAAGAUUCUAUAACAAGACCCAAGAACUCGUGUAAAAACUGCAGCGAGAUCUUCUGUGAGAGCUGUUUAGCAAAUGAGUUGCCUCUGCCCUCCUCCAUCCAGCCGGAGCAUGUUUGCAAUGCAUGCCACACAAUGCUGAUACAGCAGUACUCAGCAAGCCCAUCCUAAUUUGUUGGAAAUUUUAUAUGGCAACAAGCAAAUUCACUUUGCACCAGCUGAUGAAUGCAUAUAUUAACAUAUCCUGUCUUUGCUAGAUGCGAUCAUCUGUAAAAAUCUAAAUUAUUGAUUUAGAUUCUAAAUUAUUUUUGCUUUAAAGAAUUGGUGUGCAUCAGCAUUUCUAAACUGCAAUAAGAACGCUGACUUAAAGUACCUGCAGCUAACAAAAUAAUUCCAUAAAUAGGUCUCGUGUAGUUUUGAAAGAAACACCUGUAGUAGCAAAACAUGAUAUCCGGUACUGCAUUAAGAUAGAGAGUUCUCUGCUUGCUUGCCUUACUUUCAGGAAAGCUCACUGUUUCCCUUUCUAAAUGACUUCCUCCACAGUGACUUUUUGUUCAAAGCAUAUUAUUAACUGCAUAGCAUGUAUGGUCAAUGGGGAAGCAGUGGUUCAUUAAUGCAAGAAAAGACAUCUGUGAAAAAUUCAAACCGAGAUUUUUAAUUUAUCCCCACCUAUCAAGUUUGUUUGUUAUAAAAAUGUGUUUCUUUCAUUCAUUUGAGACCUAUAAAGUGACUGGAAGUGCACAAAGUUUGAUAGAAUUAUUUUGUUACCCAUGACAACUUUAACAGUCAGCAUGUACAUUGAAGGUUAGGUCACUGGCUCUUGUACAAUGUCUGGCUUAAGUAUUUCCACAUUGAGUAGAAAUACAAAGAGGCUUCAGUUUAUGGAUUACCAAGAUGGUACCCGUUAUGACAUUUUAUACCAAUAAGGAUAUAUAUAAAAUAAACAGCAGGGAAAUCUGAAUAAGGUAAAUGUACAAAAAAAAAAAAAAACCCUUUUAAAAAGUUAAGCUAAUGUAAAAUGGGUAAUAUUCUUAAAUGUGAGAGAAUCCAAUAUCCUAACCUUUUUAUUAAUGUCUCUCACUGGUAGCAUUAGGAAAAUAUUAGGAAAGUGUCCACUAAGUGGAUGUAUAAGAAACAUUUAUUAUUAAUUUUAAUUGGUUGCAUCUGAAUGGUAUGUGUGCCUACUAUCAGGAAAACUGGUUUAAGGAUAUCAGAAGUGAAAUGUAUCUGUCUUUAUCACUUGCUUAAAUAUCGAUCUAAAAUCUUAAUUAUGCCUAGUAAGUCAUUUCUGCCUGUACAGACCUUACUCUUUCCAUGACUAUUUUUGUAAAUAUACUGUCUCAUUUGAAAUUAUAUAUUGUUUAGAAACACUAAAUUUCAAAGUGUUAUAUAUACUUGAACAUCUGUUGUCUCAUUUAAUUUGGGUCACUCUGGGAAGCAGCCUUAGUAUAUCUAGAAAUAUAUUAAUUUGAGUAAAUUUGAGCAAAGAUCUUUCAGUCUGAUCCAGUUGUAUAUUUUGCUUUUAUUAUUUUUAUUUUCAAUACAGUAUUUGAUUUUAAUGUUGGCUUCCUGCAACAUUGCCCAGAAGCGCUUAAGAAAGGGACUGACCUGUGGUGUGCAGGGCGAGUUAUGCAGCACUGGUUCGUCCCCUGGCUGUGCAGUUGCCGGUCUUUGCUGGAUUUCUGAAGGGAGCGUUGCAUUGGCUCGGGCGCUCACGUGGGUUAGGGAAGCAAAACCGUCAGGAACUGCUUAUCCUCAUCGCGCUACAGUGAACCCUGCUGGCCAGGCACCCAGUGAACUCAGAGCAGACUCCUGCAGUGCUGGCUUUUGUCCUCCAGUGACCAGUAGCUUGCUGACAUCAAUUCUUGAGUUUCUGGGUGUAAAAGAGGAAGCUGGCUUUUUAGUAGGAUUGGAGGACACCCACCGAACUUUUGGAUUGUUUGAGCUGUGUGUGGGGGAUUUGCUGUGGUCGGGAGAAAAAAUAACUGAACAAUCCAAAUGGAAAUAAAAUAGAAAAUGACCCAAAUAUAUAUGUAUGUUACUGCUGCUGUAUCAAUAAUCAAGUCUGGGUUGAAUACGAGACAAAUGACUUUAACCUAAUGCAAGGAAAUAUACAAAAAAUGUUAUGUUGCAAUUGUAUUAACUAAAAUACAGUUAUGGUCUUUUAAACCUGCUUUGCCUUUGUGUUUGCAGGGCAGCUUAUUGCUAUAUGACACUAUUAAAUAUCAGUAUUUAUACCUGUAAGCAAAAAACUGUUUGCUUUAGAAAAAUUAACCAAAUAGCUAAAAAGGUAUACUGUUAUGGUUCACUUUUACACAUUCAAAACACAUUUGAAAUGUAAUGGAUGAGAGUUCAAUUUUAAGAUGGGGGUUUUCAUUGUGCUUAAUCUAAACAUUGCACAAUGUAUGUUUGUGACCUUAUUUCAUUCCUGGGAAACAGUCGUACAGAAUGUAGCUCUAAAGAUUGAAUACUGAUGUUCAAAUCUGUAGACUAUAAAAUUUAAUUUGGACUUUGU